GGCAGCAUGUUUCCACAGCAGCGGGCAAGCUUGUAAAAAAGGAGUAAUUAUUUUUAAAAAGAAAAUAUUCUGAAGCUGAGUACGCAGAGUGAUGUGGGAUUUCAGCAAAAUAUGCAGAGGGCAUCAUGGCUCGGCUUAUAUCAAUGGGCGUCUUUCUCACUGGCUUUUCCACGACGAGCAGCAAGACAAAAGGGCUCCAAGUAUUUUAAAGGCUGCACUUGGCUAGCCAAGAGAUAGCACUUCGAUUUGGGGAAACUUACCGGCUGGAUAUCUGAAUAAAAGUCUUUGGAAAUGUCACCCGGGCACCACACUCCGAUAGAAGCCUUUUCAUUUUUACACUGAGAUGUUCUCGGAAUCCCAUCACCAUGGAGCCAAUAUUAACACUGAAAAGAAGAGAGGACUCCUUUCAUCAACCCGAAUGUCAUGGACGCAAUUGGAUGAAGAUUUUCCAGCUCCAAAAGCUGUGGUAGACAAGCCUCUUUCUCCAUCACAACUUGUGGACCACAAAGAAAAAAACCUUUGCAACUGGAUGGACUCUGGUUUCUACUUAUCUGAAAGCGAAGAUUUGCAAGAAAGCCAAGGCAAAGCAGCAGCUCUUUCACCUCCCUCAGGAAUGGCCCAAAUGACUGUGCAAAAUUACAUGCGAUCCCUGCAUCAGUUUUCAGAAAUGCCUGUCCUUUCACGAUGGAACAGUGCUGGCUCAUCCCAUUCUCUUCCCGGUGCCCCCAAAAGUGUCACUGAAUGGUUAGAUUUCUCGGAAAAGGAUCCAGUUGAGAUUCUGCUGGAUUUGGGGUUUGGUACAGAUGAGCCGGACAUCUGCACUAAAAUCCCUUCCCGGUUCAUCAGUUGUGCUUCCAUAGCUAAAGGAAUCAACAUCCGGGUCUUCAUUGAAGCUCAAAGAAAACGAAUGGAUGUAGAAAGCCCCAAUUUAUGUGGACGUUUUCGGCAAUUGGAAGUCCUGGAUCAUGUGACUAGCGCCUUUUCUUCUUUGCUGAAUGACAUCAACACCAUGCAUCAUAAGUCGGAAGAGAGAACCGGAGAGGAGAAUUGUGCAGCGGGCUCUCCUAAGAGGAAACUUGUGGUCACGCAGGCAAAGCGGAGGAGAAUAGGUCAGCUCCUGAGAAAAGUGUCCAGGCAGACAACAAUGCAUGGCCCUCAAGUGUACAGAAAUGUUGGCACAUGCCAGGCCAAAGAAGGCAAUUCUUCUGUUGAUGUGGACCUGCACAUGGCAAUGAGGACUGGCUUGUCUGAAAAUCCUGCCUUGGUCCCUCUGAAAGAAGAACCGUUUCCAAGUGAGAAGGAGGCAAAGACUCCACAAUCCAUAGCAAGUAAACCUUGGAUGUUGCACCACCUCCCAGUGAAACUGCCUCAGCUUCCUUCCACCUCUGAGAUGCUCAUUAAAGACAGACCGCGCAAAGAACCCAACAUGCUCUUGACCCAUACGCUCAGGAGAGUGUCUAGCUUAAACUGCAAGCUUUCAGAUUCCUUUGAAAUGGAGGAGAUCCAGAGCUUUGAGGAUGAAUCUUCCUGGGGAAAUCCUCUUGGAAGCACUUCAGAUGUGAUAGUGACAAGAACAAACAGUUGCCAGUCUGACAGCAGUGGAUUUCUGGAAGAUCCUUCAGAGCCUUUACCUCUCCAGGGCUUGUCUCUGCCUGGUAAUUUGAGACUUAGCUGCAGUUCCAAUGACUGUCAAGCAUUCCUGCGACAGAGGAAAGAUUCAGCUCUGACUAGCCAGGAUCUUCUGCCCGGUGCUAGCAUAUCGAGAGCAGAUGGUAGCAAUGCUGCAUUCUUGCCCAGCCUCAGCAGAGAACACACUUUUCAGGGAGAGGAGAUAUUUUAUUCCAUAAAUGAAGAAGAUGAUAUGUGUGAGACUUGCAGUGGUCCGUUUGAAAGCGCAGCUGAAGAAACCCUACAGGAUAUGGAGGGGAAGGAGUUGCAAGUACAACAGAAGAGAGGAGAUAGUUGUGUACAGGGCUGCACUUCGCAACCUUGUCAUACUGACAAUACAAAUCCGGGUGAUGAUAGCCCUUUAGAUAGGAACGGCCUCUCCUCUUCUAGUGAAAGGCACCAAAGUUCUGCUCUCCCAGAGGGAAGCUGUGUGACUGCCAUUGACCUCAGUGGCCACCAAAUCAGUGAAGAUACAAGAGGAAAUGAAGAAUGUUUGACUGAAAGGGAGGAAACGAGAGACGGAUGUGAAGAAGGUCUUCCCGAAAGUAUUGCAGAAUGUGUGGAAGGAAAGUACUCUGUGAAGGGUUGUAGAAAGUCGGACUCCCUUGUUGUGGAGGAUGUCGCAAGCGGGUGUCGGGAGACUGAUAUAAAUGGGGCGGUUAGAUCUUUGGAUAUAUCUGGAGCGCCCAAAAGUGAGCAUGACAUGGUGGCUGCACAACCAGAGAUCAAUGCCAUCUUGAGAAGCCCUCUUCAUGAUUCUAGCCUUUCCCCUCACUGCUUCAAAGAGGGAGACAUUAGCGCCUCGGACACAUUGCCAACAGGUACGGAACUGGGCGAAGGAGGAACUGGUGCUAAAACAAAUACUAGCCUUUUAAAAUCUGUCACUGUUCAGAUGCCUUCAAGACUUAUGUCAACGCUGCGGAGCUUCUCACUGGGUGAAGCUGCUGUAAAAGGUCAAUAUCUGGAUUUCGCAUCCAAGGAUGAGCCUCAAAUUGCAUCAGUACCAGGUAUGCCAAAAGAGGACGAGAAGCAAGUGAGAGAAGCUUCUAUUCAGACUGACAGGAGCCACAGAAAGAUAGCAGCUCUCCCUCUGUCUCAGACUCUCCCUUUGUUUCAUGGGCAUGGACAUCUUGUGAAGUCUGCAUCUCUGGAUACAGGACUUUAUGGGAAAUACAGAUCUUACUGCCCGGAGCCUUUCAAUGCCUGGUGUGCCCAGCAUAGAGGUCCCUGCUACCCUUUGUGCUCCCAUCACUGCUGUUUGUUGUGGCCUUUUCCCUUAGCUCCUUCAUGCAGACGUCCAGUGGCCUGCUGCUCAUCUCAUGCCACCAUCGAACUGCAGCUUCUGAAAACUCUCAAGCUAUUGCAGGACACAGCAAUGAGAAAUAUUUCCUCGUGCACAGUCCAUGAAAUUGAAGUCAUGAGGAAUUUGUGCCAGAAGUUUCGAGAACGGCUGGAUGAGAUUGAGCAGCACAUGAUGGAGCAGGAGGCUCUCUUUUCCAGUGCAAUGUCAGCUGAGGAACGAGAGGAAAGAAGACAGUUGCAGGUCUUGCGGCAAGCUGUUCGCCGAGAGGUCGCUGAACUGGAAGGGCAGCUGCAGGAUCGAGCUCGCCAGGUUAGGGAGGGAAUUCUAAUGCAGCUGAAUCAGCUGUUAGGCGAACAGUCCAAUCUGUGCUCAGAACUUGGAAUUCCCGAUCGGACGGAAGAAAGAGAGCCUAAAAACGGGCACGCUCACAGUACUCUUCCAGAUGCUGCUGACGAUUUCUUUUCCAGAGCUGGGUAUUCCAAUAAUAUCCACCACAGGCCUCCGAGUAGGAGUGCAACAGUCCCAUCAAGCCCCUCCAGCUCUUUAGUCAGAGAAACGGAACUGAAGGCAUCAGCUGCUCUCGCAACCGGCAAGACCAAUUCUGCGUCAGACCCCAAGGAACUUCACACCAGUAAAAAAGAAGUCAAAAGUCAAAAGAUAGACUUCAAGGCCUUCAUACAGAAUCUGAAGAAAUCUUUCCGAAAUUCUUUCAGUAACGACGCAGCAGAAGGAAAAGACUGAGGCGGGGCAAUUCUCCCCUUCUUCGCCACCCCGGGAUGUUCUCCUACAAGAGGAUCUUUCGAAGCACCUCACAGGAUUGGAGAGGAUUCCCCACAAAUGUUCAAAAUGCUUUUUGCGAGAGAGCAUAUCGAAUAGAGAUGUAUACUGGGGAAAGCCCUGGAGGACAGUUUUGGAUUUCAGAGCUAUUGCAGAUAAGAGGCGAGGGGCGAGUGCCGAAGAAGUCACUGUAAGAGAUUUAUGGAAGGCAGUAUCUAGAUUGCUGUUUUGUUAUUGAAGAUUUUGUGGUCUUUAAUACGGGCCUUGCUGGAUCAGACCAAGGGCCUGCCCUAGUCCAGCGUCUUGUUCCCACAGUGCCCAGCCAAGUGCUUAUGGGAAUCCUUAACUCACUUUUAUAUAGGACUAGUUCCAGGAACAACGGGAACCUGGAUAGUUAACCAUUUUGUGGUUUCCUCCAAUAGGGAAGGCUGUCUUUGUACAUUUGAUUUCCAGCUAUGAGGCACCACCUCUUGGUAGGUAUUCAAAAUAACAGAGAGAAGAGAACUCUUCUCACAGCUGUGACACCAGAAAUUUGCUUCUUAAUGAGGGCUGUUAUUUCUACAGUAUAUGCUUGGAAUAUUAACUUUUGUUUUACUUCAGAAAUGUGUUUUGUGGGUUCUUCAGGAGGGAAAAAAAUGUCUAGAUUUGGCCCUUUUUUUUAGUUUAACAUUUUGAAAUUAUCCUGGCCUAAUAAUCAAACCCAGUAAAAAGAAAAGAAAAAGAGAUGCAUGACCUUGCCUAAAUCUCUGUGUGCUUUAAUUUGGAACAAAUACAUAUUCUGCUUUCUCAAAAUAUUUUCCCCCAGGCAUCUUUAUUGAAAGUUAAAAAGUACAUAAUUAUAUGUGCACUAAACAUGGCGAGAUUGUAUAAAUCUUUCGCCUUUUACUUUCUCAAAAUCUUGAGACCCCCCUUCUGCUUCCUCUCAUUUAGAAAAGUUUGAAAUCAAAUGUGUUGGCCUUUCUUUGCAGUUUCCCAAUAUCUUAUACAGUGGAAUCUCGGUUUUUGAACAUAAUCCGUUCCGGAAGACCGUUUGACUUCUGAAAUGUUUGAAAACCGAAAACUCAAUACGGAAGCCUCAAAAUGGAAAAAAUUAAUACAGAAAACUCAAUGCAGAAGCUGCCUCGGAAGUUUGACUUCUGAGGCACAUUCGAAAGUGGAAGCAUUUUACUUCUGGGUUUCCGGCGUUCAACUUCUGAAAUGUUUGUCAACAGAGACGUUUGGAAACCAAGGUUCCACUAUGUUGAACUACAUGGCUAGGGAUGAACACAAGAACAAAAUCUGCCUUUGGCAGGUUUCUCACAGGAUAUCCUGCCUGACAAAUCCAGAUACAGUGGUACCUCGGUUUAUGAACACAAUUGGUUCCGGAAGUCUGUUCAUAAACUGAAGCGUUCAUAAACUGAAGCGAACUUUCCCAUUGAAAGUAAUGGAAAGUGGAUUAAUCUGUUUCAGAUGGUCCGCAGGGUACUUAAACUGAAGCGUUCAUAAACUGAAGCGAACUUUCCCAUUGAAAGUAAUGGAAAGUGGAUUAAUCCGUUCCAGAUGGGUCCGCGGAGUACUUAAACUGAAGCGUUCAUAAACUGAAGCAUGGGUGUAAUUGGUUCCGGAAGUCUGUUCAUAAACUGAAGCGUUCAUAAAGUGAAGCGAACUUUCCCAUUGAAAGUAAUGGAAAAUGAAUUAAUCCAUUCCAGAUGGGUCCGCGGCGUUCGUAGACCGAAAAUUCAUAAACCGAGGUGUUCAUAAACCAAGGUUCCACUGUAUGUCUUUGAAAAGCUGUACAUAUUUUUUGACAUAAAUUUUAAGAAGAAAAAUUGAGGGGGGGGACACUUGCAAGAUGGUCUGAGUGCUUCUGAGGCAGCUUGGGGGCUCCCUGUCUGCCUUCUGUUGCUGUUUUUAAAAAGUCAUUUUGUCUGCCUAAGAGUGACUAGCUAGUGGGCAGGGCGCUUUCUGCCAAAUGUUGAAAUCAAUGUAGCAAUUCCCCCUGGGAACGACGAGUCUUUGAUAUGCUGCUGCCCUCACAGGGAAUUUUUGCGGAUACUGUGUUCAAUUUUAUGUAUUUUUAUGUUCAAGGGGACUGAAUACAACAUAAAUGUACAUAAAACCUGUAAAAUGUAGCAAGCUAGCCACUCUUCUUGUUGUUGUUUAGUCGUUUAGUCGUGUCCGACACUUUGUGACCCCAUGGACCAGAGCACGCCAGGCACUCCUGUCUUCCACUGCCUCCCGCAGUUUGGUCAAACUCAUGUUGGUAGCUUCGAGACACUGUCCAACCAUCUCGUCCUCUGUCGUCCCCUUCUCCUUGUGCCCUCCAUCUUUCCCAACAUCAGGGUCUUUUCCUGGGAGUCUUCUCUUCUCAUGAGGUGGCCAAAAUAUUGGAGCCUCAGCUUCAGGAUCUGUCCUUCCAGUGAGCACUCAGGGCUGAUUUCCUUCAGAAUGGAUAAGUUUGAUCUUCUUGCAGUCCAUGGGACUCUCAAGAGCAGGCAUCCCCAAACUGCGGCCCUCCAGAUGUUUUGGCCUACAACUCCCAUGAUCCCUCGCUAACAGGACCAGUGGUCGGGGAAGAUGGAAAUUGUAGUCCAAAACAUCUGGAGGGCCGAUGAAGCAGAAGUAGAUGUUUUUUUGGAACUCUCUAGCUUUCUCCAUAAUCCAGUGCAUGUUUGCAGUUUGGUCUCUGGUUCCUCUGUCCCUUCGAAAUCCAGCUUGCACUUCUGGGAGUUCUCGGUCCACAUACUGCCUAAGCCUGCCUUGUAGAAUUUUAAGCAUAACCUUGCUAGCGUGUGAAAUGAGCGCAAUUGUGCGGUAGUUGGAGCAUUCUUUGGCACUGCCCUUCUUUGGGAUUGGGAGGUAGACUCCAAUCCUCUGGCCACUGCUGAGUUUUCCAAACUUGCUGGCAUAUUGAGUGUAGCAUAGGGUUACCAGAUGUCCCUGGUUCCCGGGGACAGUCCCGGAUUUGCAAAUCUGUCCCCGGACAAAUUCUGUUCCCAGAAUUGCCCCAGAUUUGAAAAUCUGUCCCCAGGAAACGUGGCAGCGGCCCAGAGCCAGCCUGGUAGCGCAGUUGGCUCUGGCUGGCUCCAGGCUGCUGACUGCCACUGCCGCUGCCACUGCUGAAGGGAAACCGGGGACGUCCGGCGGUACAGAUUCCCUUCCCCCUUCCCCCUUUGUUUUGACUGAUGGGGCAGGCUCAGGAGUUGCAGGAGGGUGGCUGUUGUCCAGGAGGGGUGCAAGGCGCACGGUUUCUCUGCCGGUCAAGGUGCAAAGCCCUUCCUUUGCACCCUGAAACAUCAAUAUGCAGCGUUUUUUAGAUUUCGAUUUUGCCUUACUGCCCAGUGUUUUUUUUCCUACUUUCUUCAGUUUACGCUGGAAUUUUUGCUAUAAGAAGCUGAUGAUCUGAGCCACAGUCAGCUCCAGGUCUUGUUUUUGCUGACUGUAUAGAGCUUCUUUGGCUGCAGAGAUGGGCUGAUUUCGAUGCUGCCCAUCUGGUGAUGUCCAUGUGUAGAGUUGUCUCUUGUGUUGUUGGAAAAGAGUGUUUGUGAUGACCAGCUUGUUCUCUAGACAGAACUCUAUUAGCCUUUGCCCUGCUUUGUUUUGAACUCCAAGGCCAAACUUGCCAGUUGUUCCUUUUAUCUCUUGACUCCCUACUUUAGCAUUCCAAUCCCCUAUAAUGAGAAGAACAUCCUUCUUUGGU